AUUAGUCGUCUCUCAACCUCAAAUUCAUCAAAUUAAAAAUUAUCAAUUAAAAAAACUUGAAAUGUUAGCCCUAGGCAAUUCAAGACUCUUUGCUUAGUCUUUUUGCCCAAAAUUAAACACUAAAUUCUAAUUUAUAUAGUUGAUUAUUAAUUGCGAAGGUAAUUAAUUUUGUAUUUGAUAAUAUCGAUUGGGAUACCGAAGUACCGAUUGUGAUACCGAAAUAUUUAGAGAUUGUGAUUAGGAUACCGAAAUUAGUUAGGGAUUGAGAUUGAGAUUGAUUUCAGGGUGUAAUUCCGUAUUCGGGAUUUCGGUAUUUGGUAUUGGGAUACCGAUACCGUACCGAUUUUCACCCCUAUUCGUGAUCAACCAAGUGUCUUAUGAAUGACUCGACGUUUGACUCGAUAAAAGUUCGUUCGGUUAAGAAAAAGUUUGACUCGUUCAUUAACUUCAAGGAGUAUUACAGUAACUAAUUAUAUUAUUAGUACAGCACUUGCAUUUUGGUGUGCUAGUGGAAAAAAAAAAGAACUAAAGAGCGGAUCCCCAACUUUGAGCUAAGUCUUGUUCAACUCGUGAGCCAACUCGACUAGGUGGCUUCUUGAGGUCAACCCGUGAACUCUCUUGUUUUUUUUAGUUCAUGAGAUGUCUUAACAUUUUAAUUAGUGAGCCAGCUCGACUAUAGGCUUACGAGAAAAUCAAUCUACAUCAUAUGAGUUGAUUUGUUGAUAAUUUAUGGGUUUAGUAAAUUAUAUAUCUCAACAAGCCACCGAACCCAGUAAUUCUCGCUCGCGAGCUCAACAAAGCACAACUAAACUUUGCUUUCGUAAAUCGAACAAAUCAACGUUUUUUUUCCAGAAUCAAACGCGAGGUCAUCCCGUGUCAAACGUCAUCGAGCCCCCCUCGUGAGCAUAACUCCAACUCAUCAGCACAGCUGGUUACUGAUCGGAUCCGCGCUCCGGCAAUAAACUUUUUGCAUGUACAAAACCAAUCACCAAUUUUAGACUCCUCUCCUUGGUUGUGAUCGCCCUCGAUCACUUGACUAAUGACCAUCUUUAUACCAUUCGUUGGACCUAAUCACAUCUCAUGAAUCGUAGCUUGACCAUACGAAUCAAUCUAAUACAUAUCUUCGACCUUAUCACACCUUCACGAUGUCCAACGAGCAAAAUAAAACAAAAAACCGUAUCCUUGGACAAAUAUAGAGUUAGUUAGUAGUAGUAGUAGUCGAAAAAUAAAAACUAUAAAAAUCAUAGUUUGUACGUACACCAAUGUCGCCAACCUUUUGCUUGAAGGACGUAUCCCCAUAAGCCGGCCGCCGGUUUGGUCCGAAAUUGAGAAACCAAGGAAAAAAAAAAUACAAAAAGAGAACGAAAAAGACCGAAGAAUCUGAAUUCCUCCCCGCCGGCAAAGUAGAACCAACGACACCAACGAGUCACUAUAAGAACAGAGCCGAUCGAUCGAGCAAAGGAAAAAGUAAAAAAAGUUACCCAUCUUAUAUACAUAACAACAAUGGCCGUUCUCAUUAUGCUACUACUUCUGGCGGCCCAUUUUCCGAGCGGGUCCGCGGCGGCGGCGGCAGGCCCAGACGACGUGUGCGGCCCAGACAGGCCGUAUCUCCACGUGUCGGAAUUCCCGGGGUACGUGGUUAACGCGCUGAAUUACGUGGUGAACAAUGCGGCUGCCGGCUACGCGAAUCCAGCGCAGGCGCAGACCACCGACGUGGAGUGCUCGACGUUCUAUCCGGACGCGACACAUGGCAAUGCGUGGGCGGGCGCCACGUGUUACGCCGGCGUGACGCCGGGUGGAUGCACGGAGUGCCUGUCCGUGUUGCUGCCGCACGUGCUGCCGUGCAAGAGGAGGACCCUGGGGGGAGCUUACAUUCCGGGGAGGUGCUGGCUGCGGUUCGGGCAAUACAUGCCGGCCGCGUAGGGGGUCGCGUCGUCUGGGAAUCCACGAAUUCGAUUUAAUUGUCGUCACUGUUUGCAACUGCAAUUUCGAUAUGAUAGAAGGAUCACUACCUGCAGGAGAUUUCAUAAGUUUGUUCUUCUGUUGUUGUUAUCCAGCACAAGAAGCUUCACACCAUCUUGUAAUUUUUUUUUUCCACAAGGUUUUUAGUUGUUCGAUGAGAAUGUAUGACCAUUUUGUUUGGCAGGAAAAUACUCACUAUACUAAGUCAUAUUCACUGUCAUCUAAAUUCAAAUACACUCAUACCUAGUAGAAAGCGAAUUAAUACUUACGGCACAGUUAAGUCAUAUCGAGUCAUGCCAACUAGCUCAUAUCCAAUAAGAAGUAAACUAAUUAUCAUAUUCAUCUGACUAGGAAUAUUCAAUAUCUAGUCAACUCAUAUUCACUAAUGGUAAAAACUCAAUACUAGCAAAUGAUAUCAAACUCAGAACUCUGAAAAAGAAGGGAGAGACAAUGCAGCAGAGAAAUAAGCAAAACCAAGACAUCAAAUCAACAAGCGUUUGUAGUCCAACGGUUAGGAUAAUUGCCUUCCAAGCAAUAGACCCGGGUUCGACUCCCGGCAGACGCACAUAAACUCAUUUUCAGCAGACAGCUUAAUGAGAGUGACCAUUUUUCUAACUCAAAUGAGGCGGACUGAGAACUUGAAGGAUUUUCUUUUUGCCAACAGGGGGAACUUGAAGGAUUUGCAGGUCUGCAACUACAAGUGCACCACACUGAAUGUCUGUGAUGAGACUGUGACAGCCUUGCUGAUUACCUUGUGAACAAGUUCCUCUGCCUGUUCAUCUUAGAAUGUCACUUGAUUCAUGCAACUGUACGAAUAAUCUGUUUGUCUCCGAUUCGAUUCUCAGAGAACAGAAGCGUCGACUAUUAAGAACCAACAACGAAUGGUGCUACAGAUCGAGCACAAGAAGCAGGCAUAUACAAAUAGCUUACCUUAAUGCCCUCAAAACGAAAAACGAAAACCCAGAAAUGCGUAAGGUGAAAUACAUAAACAAAAAUGAC